AUGGAUGUCUCGUGCACUCUUCGUCAUCCGGACGUUGUCAGUGCCGGGAUCGCUAGGAAUCCCUGGGUUCUCAGGGAUACAUGCAGAGGAGGCACUCUAAGUUUUCGUGGAAGCCGUAGGGUUUUCUGCAAAUCACGCUGUACAAAGACAACUAACAACCGGGUUUUUGUUAGCAGCAGCUUAUCGCGUGACUCGUGUUGUGGUAGACAACUUGGCCAUUCUUUGAAUUUUCAGUCGUCAGCGGGAUCAUUAUGCGGCAUACGGAUAACAUCAGUGCGCGUGCAGUGUCAGGCGAAUGAUUCGUUGCCUCUCGUCGAUGGUAACAGCCCAAAUGUGGAGUUUCCAACUUCUCCAUCAGAAAUGAAGCAAUCUCAGAUGGAAAGCACGGCGGCAACCAGUGUUUCUGACCCUCUGUCAAAUUUUCUAACAGAGGAGGAGCACGAUGCCACCACUAUUGACGAUUUGAUGGAGUUGCUUCAAAAGGCUAUGAAAGAAUUGGAGAUUGCUCGACUUAACAGUACAAUGUUUGAAGAGAAAGCUCAGAAGAUAUCUGAAUCAGCAAUUGCAUUGAAAGACGAAGCAUCAAGUGCUUGGAAUCAUGUUACCUCCACCGUCUCUGCUGUUCAGGAAAUCACUAAUGAAGAGGAUGCUGCUAAGGAAGCUGUACAGAAAGCCACUAUGGCCCUUUCGAUUGCUGAAGCUAGGCUGCAAUUAGCCGUUGAUGCUCUGGGUUCAAAGAGCAAAGCAGAUGACUCAUCCGACACUUUGAUAGAGAACUACGAGCAGGAGGAACUUCUUGCUCAUGAAGAGAUCAAGGUUUGCAGGUCUUGCUUGGAAAACAGUGAGGUAGAGUUGAACCGGUUACAGGGAAAAAAGGCAGAGCUGCAGAAGGAAGUGGAUAGGCUGAACGAUAUUGCCCAGAAGGUUCAAUUGGAUGCUUUGAGGGCGGAAGAGGAGGUGGCGAAUAUAAUGGUUUUGGCAGAACAGGCUGUGGCAUUUGAACUAGAGGCUGCACAGCGUGUGAAUGAUGCAGAGAUUGCAUUACAGAAAGCAGAGGCAUCCUCCUCUUCGAAUAUCACCGAGUCACAAAAGUUGGUAUCUGAAGAGCAACUAUCAGGUCAAAUCCUUUCUCCUGCUGAGGGGGAUGAAAGAAUCGCUCUUGAUGCUAGUGUUGGAGAAGAUGUUGAAGAUCUGGUGAGCAAUGACUUGUCGGCUGGUGAUGUCACUGUGCGAAGCAUUGAAGAUUUGAAAUUUCUGGAUGACUUGCAUGAUCAGGAUUAUGGAAAGUUAUCCUCUGAGUCCAACAAAGAGGCAGAAAUUGGAAUAGAAAAGCCAGCAAACAUAACUAUGGCAAAGAAGCAGGAAGUACAACAACAGAAGGAGUUUACCAAGGACAGUCCUACACCUACUACUGCUCCAAAAACACUUCUGAAUAAAUCAUCUCGAUUUUUCUCUGCUUCAUUUUUUUCAUUCGACGUCGAUGGAGAAGAGUUCACCCCUGCCUCAGUAUUCCAUGGUCUUAUUUCUACGGCUAGGAAGCAGGUACCUAAGGUGGUCUUUGGAAUUCUGCUACUUGGGCUAGGGUGAGUUUUCAGUAUUUAUCUUCAGUGCACAUUGAUUUUUCGUUAAUUUGGUUUUGAUUGCCAAUUGGUUCAGAAAUCCUGUAGUCACUAUUUUUCAGUUUAGGUAAAUUGCUGAAAAGUGCGAGAUGGUUAAUGAGAAAAUUAGAAUUAAAUUCCAUUAUUGUUGAUUGAGGAAGUAUUUUUGUGCAUUUCUAAGUGCAAAUGUUUUAGUACCCCUUAACAAUGAUACGGAAUAUUCUAAUUUGAGAGUCAGAUUGAUCUGUACUGACCACUUGGAUUACUACUAUUAUGACAGGGUUUUUGUCCUCAACAAUAGAGCAGAAAGGAAAGCUCAGUUUCUUCAGCAGCCAGAUAGUAUUACUGAGAUGGAGGAAGCAACCUCUGCUGCACAUCCUGUUCUUCGAGAGUUUCAGAGAUUUCCUGAGAGAGCGAGGAAACUUAUUGAGUUGUUACCGCAUCAAGAGGUAUUUAAUUUUUUUUUAUACCCUUUAGACGUUUUCUGUGGCUUCUACUGUAGGUUUGGUCCAUUGCUUGAUACAUACUAUCCCAUCUGAGUGAAAAGAAUUCUCAACUAACUUGCGCACACUUUUCUUUCAAGGUCAAUGAAGAGGAAGCCUCUCUCUUUGACAUGCUAUGGUUACUUCUGGCAAGUGUUAUAUUUGUACCCUUAUUCCAGAAAAUUCCAGGAGGUAAGUCCGCAUUUUCCAUAAUAUCUUGUUGCAUCAUAGAUCUUUCUAUUUUCUGAUGGACCAGUAAAAGAACUUGUCUCCCACCUUGCCAGUACAACUAGACAACCCCUCAGAGCACAUUUAAUGUGCUCACCUGUGCGAGGGUAAAGUGAUGAAACCAUUGUAUGUCAAACUUCUAGAGGGAAAAUUGAUUAAUUGCAUAUUCAGCAUUGCUGAUGUGGACAGCAGGUGUCGGCUGCUCCGACCCCUAUGUAGGCAGAGUCAAUAUCUCAUGCAACUGGUCUCCGUUUCUUGUCAAAUCUAGGAUCCCAGACGACCUCAGACUGAUAGGAUUUAAGAUCUGGUAUGCAGACCAAUAUGAAACCUUUAAGUUUAUAUUCUAUAGUAAAGCGUUUCCCAAGUAUGCCCACAUUUGACUCUACUGUUUUUCCGCCAAUUGUCAUUGAAGGAUACCUUUAUUACUAAUAUAAAUAAAUCCAAAUAUUUUUCAUAUAACUGUUGCAAUACUAACACUGUAGGUGUAUGACAAUCAUUGCAGGUUUAGUUUGUUAAUUAUGCUCUAUAUACUGAUGAUGGCUUUUUCCCUCUAGGCUAUAUAUGUCAUUUGUCUGAUUUUUGAAGUAUUAUGCUACUAUUCAUUUUCUACUUAGCAUGAUCCUUAAAACUAGUUAUAUUUUUGAGUAUCGGAGUCUAUUUUUGAGUGUCCUUCUUUUUUGUCCAUAACGUUUCUUCUUCUUUUUUUUCUACCACUUUACGCUAUAGGUAGCCCUGUACUCGGAUACUUGGCUGCUGGUGUCUUGAUUGGACCUUUCGGUCUCUCUAUCAUUCAUUAUGUUCAUGGGACGAAGGCCAUUGCUGAAUUUGGAGUUGUGUUUUUGCUGUUUAACAUUGGACUUGAGGUAAUAUUCUGAAACCUCAAACGUUGUUUUUUCUCUCAUUACGAAGGAAAUAACUUGCUCGAAAGUUUUAUUUUUUCCCUUUGUUCAGAAACUGCUGCUAGAUGAACUAUUUUCAUAUUGCAGCUAUCAGUGGAAAGACUAAGUUCCAUGAAGAAAUACGUCUUUGGAUUAGGCACUGCACAGGUGAUGGGCAGGGUUCUCGGAUAUUCAUGCUCGUGAUAUGUUUGCUGAAGAGUCAUCUGACAACGUAAAAUAUUGGUGAAAAUUUCUAGGUGCUGGCAACAGCUACUGCACUUGGCUUGAUUGCUCACAUUUGCUGUGGUCAGCCAGGUCCUGCGGCCAUUGUUAUUGGUAAUGGCCUGGCUCUGUCUUCUACAGCUGUGGUCCUACAGGUAUCAUCUUCUAGUCCAUUUUUUUAAUAGAAUAUCUGCCGUCGGCCAUGAUAAUAAUGCUUCUAUGUUCCUUUUUUAUGAACAUCCUCCUCCCCCCCGCGAGAGAUGAGUUAAAUAAUCGUACACCAGAAGCUUUAUCUUCAUAAAACUCCCUCAUGGCAGCCUCCACAUUUCCUGUUCUUUGCUUUUUGUCAAAUUAUCAGUGAAAAGGAUCAGAAAUCCAAGACAAUUGUUCUAAGCAUGUGUGCAGUCGAAAGCAAAUAUUCCAUUUAUAAAUAUGUUUUUGUGAAUGUGGUCUUUUUCAGAAAAAUAUUUUUACGGGAGUUUAACCUUUAUUUGAUUUGUGGAAUGAAUAAGGAGAAUGAGAUUACCGAGCAUAAUAAAUCUGUUGAUUGGAAACUCUAGUGCAUUUAUUAGUAAUCAUAAUUAGGUCUCAUUUUACACCAUGAUGGGGUAUACCGUGGAUACCCAGCUUCCUAUGCUCGGAUUGCUAAGCAAAUGCACUUCAGUUACUUCUUUCAUUGGUAAAAUAAAAUAAAAUAUGUAUUUUAUUACGCUGUGCAUUAGUUCUUAGAAGGGUGCCAUUGAAGGGUUGUGCAUAAGUCAUUGCCUACUGAAUCUGUGGUUAUUGUAGGCUGAGGAAUUUUGCUUGUAGUUUUUGUUGCUGAAGUUAUUUGGAGAGAAUUGUGCAGGAAGUUUGGGGGAGACUGUUGGGAUAUAUGAACCAACAUUAUUCAAUGCAGGGUAAUAUCACAUGUGUUUCCCGUCUAUUUUGAAUCUCCACGAGGUUGCUCCCCAUUGUGAGUUUAUUUUCACUGCAUGGUGAUGAAGAGGGUUGAGUGUCAAGUAAUUAAUUGGGGGAGAGUUUUAAAGAAUGCUGAAUGUUGCCAGCUGGCUUUUCAAAACCUGACUUUCGAAAGAUUUCUGCCAUUUUAGAAACUGUUUAAGUACCGAUUCGAGGGAACGGCUGUAGAUUGUGGUGAUCACGCACCAUUAUUACCGCUGGGAAGGAACUUUUAACCCCUCUCUUCUUAAAUUUAAUUCCUUUUCUUCAAUUGUGUUGAGCCGUUUUGUGGACAGCAGUUAUACUUUGAGUUGCUGCUAUGUGGUUUUGUGAUGAUGAUUGUAGAAUAAGAUUCAUGAUUUAGAUAAACAUGUUCAUGUGGGAAACACAUGGUUGAUAUCAGAGAUAGAAAUCUUAUGGCAUUCUGAACAUUUUGCUCAAUUGACGAUGAAUAUCGACUUUAAUCUGAUCAUUUUUUACACCAACAAAAACAUACACGCCACAAUACUUUUACUAUGAUAACUCUUCAUAACAAGAAAGCUGACAUGCAUUACAAUGUCAGUAAGAGUGAUGUUUUCCUCAUUCACGACCAUAAUUAGAGCAAACGUUUGUAAGUUCUGGUUAAUUGUGAGAUUUUAUGUACCGUGGACUAGCUUUUUCAAUUUUCUCUUUUUUUUCCGGCCAUCGUCUGUUUUCUUUUCUUCAAAAUCUCGAGUUUCAGUUUGAGGGAAUUGUUAGAACUUGUUAAUGAUCCUUUAAGCCAAGUUAUUCGCGUUAAUAUUCAACUCAUAUUCUUGGCCCUUCUCAUCUUCAGGUGCUUCAAGAAAGAGGGGAAAGCACAUCACGCCAUGGGCGUGCGACAUUUUCUGUUUUACUGUUUCAGGUAGAACUUUUUUGUUGAUAAUUGUUUUAUUGUUCAUGACAUCUUCAUCAACUGCCAUCUCUGAUUCUUUGGCCGGCUAAAAAAUCAUUGACAUUGUGAUGCAAUUGACUCGGAUUUCAAUUACUGAGUUUGCGUUAUUCUAUUUAGUAACACCCUGAAGAUAUUCUUGUUUAGCAUUCAUGUUAACAACAAAGGAAUUUGUGCGAUACUUGAGAUAGAGUUUUUUUGGUGAAGAUGUGAGCGUUGUUAAGCCUGGGAGUAGUGGAACCUGGUUUUUGAAGCCUGGGUUUUUUCAACCCUUACCUGGUUAGUUUAAUAUCUGGAAAAGGAACUUGUUUAUCCUUUUCGUUUCAAGUGGUAGAAAUCUGAUCAUAGGCCUCGUUACCUGGUUUUUGAAGCCUGGAUUUUUUCAACCUUCACCUGUUUAGUUUAAUAUCUGGAAGAGGAACUUGUUGAUCUUUUUCAUUUCAAGUGGUAGAAAGUUGAUUAUUUUGAAAAAGUGGAGCUAAUGAAAGCUUGCGAGAUGGAGUGUGAUAGGGAAAGACAAUGGAUUAUCAUGAUUUGAGAGAUAAAUAGGCUGAAAACUGGAUGAAUGACAUCCCUAUCACAUGAGAAAUCAUAUUUAAUUGGGAAUUCGAGACCUCUCUAUUGGCAUCCUAGGGGUGCGAGAAGUUUUCCAUUCAUCCGCAUUAGUGCUUUGGUUUUUUGACCUUUCAGUAUUCAACAUUUUACGCUGGACGUGGCUAAAAGAGGGAAACCUGUCUCGAAGGGAUAAGCCAUCCUUUUGAACUUUGGCAGGACCCAAUGUCUUAAGGUUUACCUCUGAUGUUAUGUUAGAGUAGCCUCAUAUGAGAAGUUGUAACCUUCAAAGCUGCCGGAGAUCCUCAUCUAUUUUUUUAAUUUUUUAUUGGUUUGAUUCCAUGAUCUGUAGUCGUGCAUGCAGCAUUGACGUAUUUUUUUAGAAUGUUCUCUGUGGUUUAAUCAUGAUCCAAAUAGUCCUGUUGUGACAAAGAAGCUUCAAUGAUAAUUGAUUUGAACGAGAUAGUUCUGCUGGCAUUGUAUAGUAAGAAACGUCAUUUUGUUUCUUUGAUAAAGAUGGUUAUUUAUGAGUAAUAUUUUUGAAACUUUGAUCACCCACACUUAAUUGAUGAAUGCUUAUUUUUCAUGUUUCCGUGCCAGGACCUGGCUGUUGUUGUGCUGCUUAUCUUAAUACCUCUCAUAUCACCAAACUCAUCCAAAGGAGGGGUAAGAAAUAAAUAUUUCUAUUGGGGGUCUGCACUAUAACAUCUAUCCUGAUCUAAUUUUUUUCCUUCUUAGUAUUCUUUAGCUUUGUAAUCAUUAAUCCUGCUUUGGAAAUUGAUGUGAUUUUCAUUUCUGUAAUGUUCAUAAUGUUGUCAUUGCUCUUUAUGAUUAAUCAUGUCAUCAUUAAGUUCGCAUACUCAGUUUAGGACUUGGUUGCUACUCCUGAUGACCCAAUCCAGACUUUGUUAGACCAUGCCAAGCUCCUGACAACCAUUUGUUAUGUUUGCGGCCAAACUAUUAUUCCACCAAGAAGUAGACCAGAGUCGUAAGAAAUAUGUUUGCAUUUCAUGUUGGUAGAAGCGCCAGAAAUAUGAACAUUACCGAUAGUAAACUUAGACGCUGUAUAGUUCUGCUUCCAUACGAAUUAACAAGGAAUUACUUCUGAGCAUGGCAGUCGGUACUUUUAAUUUAAUUGUUCGUAGUAUUCCUCCGUCCAUUUAUUUUGUUACUACAAUUUCGCAUUUCCUUCAAAACAUUCUCAGUGACAUAGAUCCAAGUUUAUUCUUUCCAUCUUGUGGUGAUCUGUGAGUCCCUAUAUAAUCACACCAGGCAUACAUCAUGUUGAAGCUCUGUCACUUGGGUCACAGCACUAAUGCACAUAAAAUUUUGGGAACCUGUAAGCAGCAUAAAUAUCAUAAACCGAGCUUGCAACACAGCUGUGGAAGCAGUAAAUCUGGCACAUCAGUAUAGAUAUUUAAGGAGUGAGAAAAUAUUGUACGAGUGCUAUAAUACUUUCUUUCGUAUAUCCUGUCAUGACCUCCAAAACAUCAGCUUCAGCCACUAUAGUGACUUCAUACGGAUUUGUCUCUGGUGUCUUUGCCACCACUAUUUCUAACUCACAGUAAUUGGUUUAGUAAACAUUGAAAAAGUCAAUGCCACGGAGUGAACCAUUAACAAUGAGCAGGUUCACUUGGUUUCUCCGAACUAUCACCGCCCAAAAACUAUCAUAAAAGUCUUCUCAAAAUAAACACUAUGAGACAGUAUCCAUUCCUAUCAGUUUUUUUUUUCUAAAUUUGCGUGAUCGGUAUAAACUGGUAGAAUGCUGUAGCAAAAAUUCAAUGACAAUGAUAGUCAGUAGUUAAAAUGGCACAUAUGUACUUGGAAAUUUCAUUGCCCCUUUCCCACAUCAAGUCCUAUAUAUAUUUAUGAUCCUAACCUUAAUGCUGAAUAAUAAUGCAAUGAUCUCGUGUUAGUUGGAGGGCCCCGAGGGAGGUACAAUGAAAACCUGGAAGGGAAAGAGAUGGGCUAGUCCAUUUCUCGGAGCAGAGUCAUCUUGGUGUUAGGUUGAUCGACCUCCAAAUGCAUGCCCUUUCUACCAACGUGACACAUAUUAGUUGGUUAAACACAUUGUUGUAUCUAUAACUGCAUAAGUCCUCAUUGUAAAUAAAAAUUUAAAAGUAAAUAUGCCUCAAUGGUUCUAUUGCGUGGUGUAUUUAUUUCUAUUUCUUUCAAAAGAGACUGAACUUGUCACGACGAUCCCAUUUUAAUUGCCUGAUUCCAGAUUCUUGUCGACUUGAUAAGAAAUCAAAUCUCCUCUUUGUAAAACGAUAAUGUAUUAGUGUCUUUCUGUAUUUACCUUUAAAACUUACAACAUAAAUAUGCUAUGGUCAGCAUUUCUAUAUACUUUUGCAUUCUUUAUGUGGACAAGAUGAACUGUUUUUUCUGUGAUACUUAUAUAUGCCAGAUGGCUUCUCACUUACGUUUAUAACAUAUUUCGCUCAGUUUCAAGGUACGUAUCAUAUUUAAGCCUCGUGUGACGGAAGUGACUCUUUCUCUUUCUCUUGGUGCAUCCUUCUCUCAGGUUGGCUUUCAGGCCAUAGCCGAGGCUCUUGGAUUAGCUGCUGUGAAAGCAAUGGUGGCUAUUUCUGCCAUAAUUGCAGGCGGACGUUUGGUAAAGCUUUUAUGAAUGGCAAAAUUUAACUCACCUUGCAUUUGAGACUGGUUGCGGCAGUAUGUUGUGGACUGAAUAAAUGCUUCCCGCAGCACUCUUGCCCAAUAAUAAUAUCAACUUCUUAACUUCUAAAUACUGCGUUUUAGAAGAUUAAAGGGAUGGCAUAUGACGUAAAACUUAUUUAUAUCACAAUUGAUCUGAGGAUGUAGUUGCAAAUGUUUCUUUAGCGUAACUAUGUGAAAUUUUCUGCUUCUUUAGAUUUUGACAGCCGACUCGCAAUAAUUACCAUUUUAAUUUUUAAAUCGGCAGUUACUUCGGCCAAUCUACAAGCAAAUAGCUGAGAAUCAAAAUGCAGAGAUUUUUUCUGCAAAUACUCUUCUUGUUAUCCUGGGAACUAGCCUACUCACAGCAAGGGUAAGUAGGCGUAUGACACAAUUUUCCUCUUCUUUUUUUGAUCAUUAAUCUUUAGUUAUGUUCCCUGUCAGGCGGGACUUUCAAUGGCUCUGGGUGCAUUUUUGGCUGGUUUGCUUCUCGCUGAGACUGAAUUUUCCCUGCAAGUUGAAUCAGAUAUUGCACCAUAUCGAGGGCUUCUGUUAGGUCUCUUCUUUAUGACAGUGAGUGCUUCUCCUUUCACUAUGUUUCUUAUAUAUCAGAAUGGGUCUUUUGUUUUCAUAAACUGGAGAGUUCGAAGAUGUAGUUUAUUAUGCCAGCAGAGGUUUUCUUAUCCAGAGCAUAAUCGAGAAUUUAUUAAAUUGUUUCAAUGCUUCUCUUUAUGUUAUCUUUUUCAUUAUAGACUUAGCCAUGAAAAUCAUCUUAUUGCUGAAAUAUUUACGUUGCUGCCUACACCUGUCUGGGAAUUUUGUUCCGAGUACGAAGAAAUACUCUUCAACACUUCAACCUCUACGGUGGCAGUUGUGGUCCAAUCUUAUUUCUCCACUCUGCUUGUUUUGGUUUCCUCAUAAAGUUCUUUAUCAUUUAUGGCAUAUCCAGUCGUCUCUGGCAAGAAACGAACAUUUGUUCACUUUCAGAUUCGUUUGGUUUUUGUAAGUUUUUUAAUUUUUGUCUGGGAGGCCAUUGUAAUUCGGGUGUAUUCAUGCACCAUCUCAAUGACCAUGGAGAAACCAAAAGGUCUAAAUGAUUUGUUGAAAUAAAUUUGUCGAAAGUGAUGCAAAGUAUGAGAAUCCCAAGAGCCCUAAAACACCAACACUGAAAUAGUAAGUUUUCUCUGAUCAAUGAGUUAGUUCCUUCUGGUUUAGAUCAUCCAAUUCUUUCACCAUAGGAAUAUUUGAUCAUUGUUCAUCUUGACUCCAUCGCAAUUUUUAGAGCUCCGUCCAUCUGAUGGUCAGUUCUGUGAAGUCCAUCCUAGUACAUGCCAUAUGUGCUGAAUUUAGAUGCUCCAACAUUCAGAAAAAUCUAUAAUAAGAUGCCGAUUAUCAUCUCAUCCAAGGUUCUACUACUCAUAUUCAGGGUAGAAAUCAAUCCCAAAUUCAAUCAACUAGAAUCGAUUCAAUUCAUCACAUGAUUUGGGAUAAUACUGGGGUACUGACAUUUCUUAGGAGCCUCUAGCGUUGAAGGCUAUACUGGGGUACUCCUGCUCUUAAAACUUAUAUCUUCCAUGUUUAAGGCUAUACCUCAUUGUUUUGCGUCUAAGUCAAUAUCAUCUUCUUCAAUCCCAUAGCAUAUGAGUUUGCUCUUUUACUCGUAUUUCUUCUACAUGCAAUUGGUUUAUGUUUCAUCUUCUGUCAUAUUAAUAUAUGAUUUGUUAAAGAUUUUCUCUCUCCGUCUUUUUUUUUCUUUGAGUGGAUGUCUGCUGGCACAGUGGCUUACUUAUCAUUUCAUUUAUUUUCUGUUUUCUAUGAAUCUGUAGGUCGGAAUGUCUAUUGAUCCAAAGCUACUUUUAUCAAACUUCCCCAUCAUUAUGGGAAUGCUGAGCUUCUUAAUCGUUGGCAAGACUGUGUUGGUGGCCUUUGUAGGCAGAGCCUUUGGCAUUUCAACCAUAGCAGCAAUAAGAGUUGGACUUCUGCUUGCACCCGGUGGAGAAUUCGCUUUCGUCGCAUUUGGGGAAGCUGUAAAUCAGGUCAGUUAUUCACAGAACCUCAGAAUCGCAAGGAUUCCAUAAUCAGAAGCGAUGAUCUAUUAGCAGUGCCAUAAUAUUUAUAGAAAUCAUCCCAGGUUAUCAUUUUAUUAGACUUCUGCUUGCUGGUUUGGUUUUGGGUUCAUCAGCAUGAACUCCAUAUAACUUUAUUAACUACCUAAUAAUACUUGUCAUUCUCAUUUUCAAAUCCACAGAAUGAUUUUAAAAAGUGGAAAAAAAAUAAAUAAAUUUGUGGGGCUCCAGCUCAUCCUUUCGUUCUUGAACAUUCAUUACAGGGCAUAUUAUCCUCGCAAAGUUCGUCACUGUUAUUUUUAGUAGUCGGUCUCUCGAUGGCUCUUACACCAUGGCUAGCUGCCGGAGGCCAGUUCCUUGCAUCUCGCUUCGAGCAGAAUGACGUGCGCAGUCUGUUGCCUGUAGAGAGUGAGGUAAAGUUCCAGGAUCCUCAAGCUGGCCGUUGACUUUUUCUAUACAUAAUCACGAAUAAGUCGUAUUGCAAGUGCGUGCAAGGAUCUCGAAAAUAUCAGAAGAACCCACCCUCAUAUAUCUUGCCGACUUUUCUACUCUUGGUGUCUGCUGUAUCUCCUGCCUGAUUUUUCUUGCAUGCAGACAGACGAUUUGCAAGAUCAUAUCAUCAUCUGCGGGUUCGGCCGCGUGGGCCAGGUCAACUUCGCUUGCUCAGAUAGAUUUCCUCAAAUAUCUUCAUGUUCUUGCUAUAAAUGAUUUCUCAAGCUUUUUUUCUUGGGUUCCCUCUACCGCAGAUCAUCGCCCAGCUUCUCUCCGAGCGUUUGAUUCCUUUCGUUGCUCUCGAUGUCAGGAGGUAAUUUUAUUUUUAUAACAUUUUGAUCCAAUGUAAGUUAGAUCAUCAAAGUUCCGCGGUUCAUAUGAACAUGUUUAGGGUUCAUACGAAAUUCUGUACUUUCCAGUGACCGGGUGGCCGUGGGACGUGCGCUCGACCUGCCAGUGUACUUCGGGGACGCUGGCAGCCGAGAGGUAGAUUCUCUCUCAUGCCGUCUUUCUUCAUCUCAUCCACCGAUUUAGUAAUAAAUCUUCUUCAUCCUGUUCCUGCCAGGUCCUCCACAAAGUUGGCGCCGAGAGAGCCUGCGCCGCCGCCAUUACCCUGGACUCUCCCGGCGCAAACUAUCGUACUGUCUGGGCCCUGAGCAAGUACUUCCCCAAUGUGAAGACAUUUGUCCGAGCCCACGACGUUGACCACGGCCUUAAUUUGGAAAAGGCCGGCGCCACUGCGGUACCUCCCCCUUCUACCCCCCCAUACAAAAAUAAUAAUUAUCAUAAAAAUUCUUAUGAGCCCGUUGACCUGUUCCUGAUCCGAUUGUUCUUCGCAAUUUGAAGGUCGUCCCAGAGACCCUGGAGCCGAGUCUUCAGCUGGCGGCGGCUGUUCUUUCCCAGGUACGACCUCUCUCGACCCUCUCUUUAUAUGGCAUGUUCUGAUCUCCGGGCCAUUUUGGGGCAGGUUAAGUUGCCGACUUCGGAAAUCGCCGCCACCAUCAACGAGUUCCGGAGCCGCCAUCUCUCCGAGCUCACCGAGGUUCUGUAGAUAGAAAAUCAGUCUUCAUUGGACCCAGCUCACCUGCAAUUCCUUCUCUCACUCUUCUGACGAAUUGCAGCUGUGCCAAGCCAGCGGAAGCUCCCUAGGCUAUGGCUUCUCCCGGGUCAUGUCCAGGCCCAAGCAGCAGCCCACUGAUCCAGACGAAAACCAAGUCCCAGAAGGAACCUUGGCAAUCUAG